AUUAGAUAAAAUGAUAUUUUAAAAAUAUUUGAUAUAAUAAAUAAAAUAAAACUAAUUUUGUAUCAAUAUCUAACAUCAUUUUUAUUUAAUUUAAGGUCAAAGUUUAUAAAUUUUGACAAAACAAAUUAAAAGUGGACGAAUAUUGACCCCACACGCCUUUUAAAAUGACUCAACUUUCAAGUACCAUCGCAAAUGCAAGCAGAGCAAAAAGAAACAAAAAGUUAAAUAGAAGAAAAUGCUGGGAAUUACAGUGAUGAUUAUACUAGCCGUGAUUAUGCUAUCCCAUCUGUGCCACUUUUCGUCGGCGGCGGCGGCAGAAAAGAAAACAUUUAUCGUUCAAAUGGCGAAGUCGGAAAUGCCUUCCGGUUUCCGUCACCACACGCACUGGUACAACUCAGCACUCAAAUCGGUGUCCGAAUCAGGGGAAAUCAUCUACGCUUACGACACCGCGACGCACGGAUUCUCCGCCCAGCUCACGGCUGAGGAAGCCCUGUUUCUUGAAAAUCUUCCCGGAGUUCUCUCCGUCCGGCGGGAGACGAUCUACCAGCUCCACACAACCCGAACGCCCUUGUUUUUGGGACUAACCGGUUACUACUCAUCCAUAUGGCCCGGGUCAGCCGAUGAAAGCAAUGUGGUCAUCGGAGUCAUCGACAGCGGCGUCUGGCCGGAGAUACAGAGCUUCGACGACGGCGAGCUUGGCCCGAUUCCAAGCUCGUGGAAAGGCGCCUGUGAGACCGGCACACAAUUCAACGAGUCUAAUUGCAACCGGAAGCUCAUCGGUGCGAGGUACUUCUCGAGAGGGAUUGAGGCGUUAGUGGGCCCAAUCAACGAGUCUACGACGUUUAAAUCUCCCCGGGACGACGAUGGGCACGGGACCCACACGGCCUCCACGGCCGGAGGAGGGCAAGUUCCGAGUGCCAGCCUUUUUGGCUACGCGCCGGGAACUGCUCGGGGAAUGGCGAAGAAUGCGAGGAUAGCGAUGUAUAAAGCCUGCUGGAAAAUCGGUUGUGUUGGCUCCGAUAUACUGGCGGCGAUGGAAAAGGCCAUCGACGACGGUGUCAAUAUUCUCUCGUUAUCUCUCGGGGGAGGACCCGAUGAUUACUACAACGAUGUCAUCGCAAUCGGAGCAUUCGCCGCCGCGGAGAAGGGGAUUUUCGUGUCCUGCUCCGCCGGGAACAGCGGUCCUACUCCUUUUACUGCCACCAACCUGGCGCCGUGGAUCACGACUGUGGGCGCUGGGACUCUGGACCGUGAUUUCCCGGCUCCUUUAAGACUCGGCAACGGGAACAAGUUUCCCGGGGUUUCUCUAUUUGAUAAAACUCCUAUGUUUCGAGACAAACUGCUCCCCAUUGUUUAUGCAGGAAAUGCAAGCAACUCUAGUGAUGGAAAUCUUUGCCUGAAGCGUAGCUUGGUCCCCGAAAAGGUGAAGGGCAAAAUUGUACUUUGCGACCGAGGGUCGAAUGGUAGAGCGGAAAAGGGCAUUGUGGUAAAAGAGGCGGGCGGGGCGGGGAUGGUGCUGGCGAAUGACGCCGCACACGGAGACGAACUGGUGGCCGACGCGCAUCUGAUCCCGGCCACGCACGUGACCGAAAAAUCCGGUCGGGCAGUUAAGGCGUACGUGUUCUCGAGUCCGAACCCGACGGCCGGGAUUUCAUUUAAAGGGACAAAAGUGGGCAUCAAGCCGUCGCCGGUGGUCGCCGGAUUCAGCUCCCGCGGCCCCAACUUGAUCACGCCGCAGAUACUGAAACCCGACUUGAUCGCUCCCGGGGUCCACAUUCUCGCCGGGUGGAGUGGGGCCAACCCUCCGAACGAUUUGCCUCAAGACACGCGGCGAGUCAAGUUCAACAUAAUAUCAGGGACGUCGAUGUCGUGCCCGCACGCGAGCGGCAUAGCCGCCCUGCUCAUAGCGGCGCGCCCGGGGUGGAGCCCCGCGGCGAUCCGCUCGGCGCUCAUGACCACCGCUUACCGGACCUACUGGUCCGGAGACCGGCUAAUAGACAUCGCGACGGGAAAGCCAUCCACCCCGUACGACCACGGGUCGGGUCAUGUCAACCCGAUACCCGCUAUUGACCCGGGACUCGUUUACGACAUAAAAACAGACGAUUACUUAAAUUUCCUCUGCGCCUCGAACUACACUCGCUCUCAAAUCAACACGGUGGCAAGAAGAAACUUCACCUGCGACCCGACUCGAACUUACAGCGUAACGGAUCUCAAUUACCCAUCGUUCGCGGUUGUUUUCUCGGGCGGGAAAUCUUCAAUCAACUACACGCGGACACUCAUUAACGUCGGAGAAUCUGGGACGUACGAAGUGUACGUGUCUUCCCCAAAUGGGGUUGAAAUAUUGGUAGAACCACAAACUCUUUCUUUCACUGAGGUGGGAGAGACACAGUCAUACAUGGUGACUUUUACUGCUACAACAAUGGCGGCUUCGGGUAGUAAUGUGUUUGGGGAGAUUGAGUGGUCUGAUGGAAUGCAUGUUGUGGGUAGUCCAGUUGCAAUCACUUGGUCGUAGUUUUUACAAAAUUAACAGAGUGUGGACGUACAUUCCUUUGUUAAGGUCCCUUAGUUCCCAUGACAUUGGAAACAAAUAUCAUGGAAUCAUCCAGGGUGCUUUGAUGUCUUGUUCGUAAAAUUGACGGUUCCUAUCCCCCUAACUCCCGAUAAACUCACCACCCUGCCCGACCCGGACACAUCCCCCUCCAUCUUCAAUUGCACUCCAAGUUAAUUUUGACUUGGAGUCAAAAUUUGACUCCAAAGUCAAAAUUAACUCUGGGUGCAAUU